AGAAGGCCAAAAGCGGCAAGUUCGCAUCGAGAACAGGACAGGUUUGGAAACGGUGAGGCUCUCUCAUCACCCUCUCCAACCGCACCUCUCCACCUCCGCCGUAACCGCUGCCACGUGGCCCUUCUUCUUCGUCUCUCUCUUCUCUUCUCUUCUCUUCUCUUCAAUCCCUUCGCAUUUCUUUCAUCAUUUUCUCUGAGAAACAGAAAGAAAAGUCUGAAUUCCUCUGAGCGAAUGAUAAUUGGCUGAGAAAAUCAGCGAUUUCAGAGAAUCAAAUCGCAGAAUCUGCACGUAAUGGUAAUUUGUGUUAGAAUCACUAAUUGGUUUUAGGUUUUCGAAUUAGGAGCGAGCGAUUUCAGAGAUCCAAAAUGGCUGGGAACGAGUGGAUAAAUGGCUAUUUGGAAGCGAUAUUGGACACUGGAGCGUCCGCCAUUGAAGAACAGAAGCCGAUGCCGGUGAAUUUGGGCGACAGAGACCAUUUCAAUCCGACGAAAUACUUCGUCGAGGAAGUCGUUAGCGGCGUCGACGAGUCGGACCUUCAUCGGACAUGGCUCAAAGUCGUCGCAACUCGCAAUACUCGGGAACGGAGCUCUAGACUCGAGAAUAUGUGUUGGCGGAUUUGGCAUCUAACUCGCAAGAAGAAGCAGUUGGAAUGGGAGGAGCUUCAACGGUUCACGAACCGGAGAUUGGAGCGGGAACAAGGACGGAUGGAUAUAACGGAAGAUAUUUCAGAAGACUUAUCAGAAGGAGAAAAGGGGGAUGCUGUGGGUGAAACGCCGCAGAGCGAGAUGUCGAAGGCGAUGUUCCAGAGGACGGUUUCCAACUUGGAAGUUUGGCCGGAAGAAAAAAUGGAAAGGAAACUUUACAUUAUUCUCAUCAGCUUGCAUGGUUUGGUUCGGGGAGAUAACAUGGAGCUCGGUCGUGAUUCCGACACGGGUGGACAGGUCAAGUAUGUUGUCGAGCUUUCUCGUGCGCUAGCGCAAAUGCCGGGAGUAUAUAGGGUGGACCUUUUUACGAGGCAGAUCUUGUCAUCAGAGCUUGAUUGGAGCUAUGGCGAGCCAACCGAGAUGCUAAGUACAGGAAUCGACGAUGAAGAUGGCGAUGUCGGGGAAAGCAGCGGAGCUUAUAUAAUAAGGAUUCCGUUCGGUCCACGAGACAAAUAUCUACGAAAAGAAUUACUAUGGCCACAUAUUCAAGAGUUUGUAGAUGGAGCUUUAGCUCAUGUUCUUAAUAUGUCCAAAGCUUUAGGUGAACAAAUUGGUGGUGGUCAGCCUGUGUGGCCAUAUGUCAUCCAUGGACAUUACGCGGAUGCUGGAGAUAGCGCUGCGCUGCUCUCCGGUGCUUUGAAUGUUCCGAUGGUGCUGACGGGACACUCGCUCGGAAGAAACAAGCUCGAACAGCUUCUCAAGCAGGGACGCCAAUCGAAAGAAGAUAUUAAUUUGAACUAUAAGAUAAUGAGGAGGAUCGAAGCUGAAGAGCUUUCUCUUGAUGCUGCCGAACUCGUGAUUACAAGCACCAAACAGGAGAUCGAGGAGCAAUGGGGACUCUAUGAUGGAUUCGAUGUCAAACUCGAGAAAGUGUUGCGGGCUCGUGCUCGCCGUGGAGUCGUUUCCUAUGGUCGAUACAUGCCGAGGAUGGUGGUCAUUCCUCCUGGCAUGGAUUUCAGCAAUGUUUUGGUUCCCGAAGACACGCCCGAUGUCGAUGGCGAUUUGACACUUACGAGUGAAGGGUCCUCUCCAAGAGCGAUCCCGACGAUAUGGUCUGAUGUGAUGCGUUUUCUUACAAACCCUCAUAAGCCUAUGAUCUUGGCGUUGUCGAGGCCCGACCCGAAGAAGAAUAUAACCACUCUCUUGAAAGCCUUUGGCGAGUGUCGUCCAUUGAGAGAACUUGCUAAUCUAACGCUCAUCAUGGGUAAUAGGGACGAUAUCGAUGAGAUGUCGGGCGGUAGCGCUAGCGUGCUCACAACAGUUAUAAAGUUUAUUGAUAAGUAUGAUCUUUACGGUCAAGUCGCAUACCCGAAGCAUCAUAAGCAAUCUGAUGUUCCUGACAUAUAUCGACUUGCAGCAAAAACAAAGGGUGUUUUCAUUAAUCCAGCGUUGGUCGAACCGUUCGGGCUUACAUUGAUCGAGGCGGCUGCACAUGGACUCCCAAUGGUGGCGACCAAAAAUGGUGGACCGGUCGACAUUCAUCAAGCCUUAAACAAUGGUCUGCUUGUUGAUCCUCAUGAUCAGCAAGCAAUUGCUGAUGCUUUGCUGAAAUUGCUAUCAGAGAAGAACUUAUGGAAUGAGUGUAGGAAAAAUGGUUUGAAGAACAUACAUCUGUUCUCGUGGCCAGCUCAUUGCCGCACGUACUUGACUCGAGUUGCAGCGUGUCGGGUGAGGCAUCCACAGUGGCAAACCGACACUCCGGGGGACGAAAUACCAACAGAGGAAUCAUUCAAUGAUUCACUUAAGGACGUCCAAGAUAUGUCGCUUAGACUUUCGGUCGAUGGAGAAAAAACGUCAUUGAAUGCAUCAAGUGACAUAGCUGCAUCCGCUGAUAAUCCUGAUUUGCAGGACCAAGUAGAGCGAGUUUUGAGCAAGAUCAAGAGGUCGGGGACUGAGUCGAAUGAGACCGAAAAAGGGAAUAAAAUGCUGGAGAAUAUGGCCGGAAAGUAUCCGAUUUUGAGACGACGACGUAGGUUGAUUGUUAUAGCACUUGACUGCUAUGACAGCAAUGGGGAUCCAGAAAAGAAGAUGAUCAAGAUGUUGCAGGAGAUUAUUAAAGCUGGUCGUCUCGACACUCAAGUUGCACGAGUUUCGGGCUUUGCUCUAUCGACCGCAAUGCCAUUGGCCGAGACUGCCGAAUUCUUAAGGUCUGGAAAAAUACAACUCAAUGAGUUUGAUGCCUUAAUCUGCAGUAGCGGAAGUGAGGUUUACUACCCCGGUUCAGAAGAUGGCAAACUGCAACCCGAUCCAGAUUACGCAUCGCAUAUUGAUUAUCGUUGGGGAUGCGACGGUUUGAAGAAAACCAUUCUUAAGUUGUUGAAUGCAUCUCAAGAAGAUUCCAACAAAUUCGGUACAACAAUUCUCGAGGAUACGAAAUCGAGUAAUUCUCAUUGCAUCUCCUACUUGGUAAAGAAUAUGAGUAAGGCCAUGAAAGUCGACGAUUUGAGGCAGAAGCUUCGGUUGCGCGGUCUUCGGUGCCAUCCAAUGUAUUGUCGGAGCUUGACUCGAAUGCAAAUCAUUCCUUUGCUUGCAUCAAGAGCUCAAGCUCUCAGGUACCUGUUCGUGCGAUGGAGAUUGAACCUUUCGAAUAUGUACGUAUUCCUCGGGGAGGUUGGGGACACCGACCACGAGGAGAUGAUAUCAGGGACUCACAAGACGAUAAUCAUGAAAGGAACGUCGAACAAGGGGUCGGAAGAGCUGCUGAGGACGACGGGAAGCUAUGCAAGAGAUGACAUUGUUCCAGGUGGGAGUCCAUUAGUGACAUUUGUUAAUUGGGAUGCAAAUGCUGAAGAGAUUGCAAGAGGUAUAAAGCAAGUUUCAUCGUCUGCAGCAAAGAAUUAGUGGCCUUUGAAACCAGUUUUCUUCUUGUUUUCCUUUGUAUAAUGGUGUGAUAAUAGCUGUUCAGUCUAUGAACUUGCUAUUAUUGGACUCUGAAUUUAAAAAGAGAAUAGAUUUAUAUAUCCUAAAUAAUUUUGAUCUUCA